AUGGGCGCAGGUUUCCCCGCGUCCGCCAGCGAGUCGCUAUCCCCGUUUGAAGCAGCCAAAGCGUCGCUCUUUGCGAGUCAGCAGCGCCAGCGGGCGGGGAUGGGGGGAGGGAUGGCGGAAGGGAUGGGGGGAGGGGCGGGCGGAGGGAUACCGAGGCACAGCAGUGUCGACGGCUCUGGGCGCGCGAUUGAGUCCCCCCGGUCAGCGGCUAGGCGCGGGCUGCAGUACGGGUUCGGUUCGGAUAACCGCGGAAUGGAGGUUCGGGGCGAGGCUCGGAGCCCUAUAUUGCUUGGAGCACGCGCUCGGCACAGGCUCUCCGCAGGUUCGGACUCUGUUGAUUCAGGCGCCAGUCUUCACUGCGGCUUCCCCCCGUGGGGGGCCGGUGGAAGGGGCGGAACCAGCAGAGGGGGAUCCUUCCCUGUCUCUCUCCCCCCCCAUGCGCUCUAUGCUUCUGGCGCGGACCCCGUAUUUGACGCUAUGUCUCCCCGCCUGCUGACCCCCAAGGGUUUCAGCACUGGGUUCGGCGCCGCUGCUGGCCCCGGGCCUGCUGGCUCGGGGCUGCUAGGCUCGGCAGCGCCAGGCUCGGGCGCUGCUGCGGUGGCUGGGCGGCAGCUGGCCGGCCAGCACCGCCGGCAUCACUCGUUCGCGGAUCAGUCUUGGGCGGCAGGGGGAGGGGGAAUGGGAGGGGGGGCAAUAGAGUCCCCCAGGCGGAUGGGGAGCGGGGGGGGCGGGUCCAUUCUUCCGCCGCGCAGCCCUUUAACCAUGGGGGGAGGGGGCAGCGGGACUUGGGGGGAUAAUCUGAACAUAGGGGAAUUUACCCCUUCUGCUGUGCAGUCACCCAAGCCCCCUCGCUCGCCUUACCACAACGAAUUCUCCCAAGACAGAGCAGCGGCGGCGGCUGCCGCCGCUGCGGGGAAUGCGUCCGCUGCUACUGGCGCAGGGCAGCUCCCCCUCACGCCUGGGCGGAACCGCGCGCUGGUAGCGGCGCGGGGAGGCGGGGGAGGCGGGGGGGCGCUGAUGCGGGGCAGCGCGCGGGAGCGGCCGUCCCCUGGGAUUGACGAGGACGACGACGUGUGGGGCGCUGCUGCUGCCGUGGCAGGGGUAGCGGGGGGGGGAGCAGGGGGGGCGGGCGGAGCAGGGGGACGCGCGGGGGGGGCGUUUGAGCUGCGCAAGGCGGGGAGCAGCAGCCGGCUGGAGCAGGCGCUACUGCCAGACCACCGCGUGCAGGGCUCCCUUGCCUUCCCCUUUCCCCGCCUGCACUCCGCGCGCGACCCCCACGCCAGCCCCCCGCGCCCGCCUCCCCCCUCACCCCCUCCGGCGCUCCUGGCAGGGCGCUCGGCGGGGGGUACCAGGGGUCCGGGCGGGGGGGUGGCGGGAGAGGCGCGGAGAGGGGCGGGGCGGGUGCAGGGAUGGGUGCGGGGCGGGGGGGAAUGGGACAAGGGGGGAGGGGUGCGGAGGGCAGGCAGCGUGGGGGGGGUGGGGGGGGGAGGGCCAGGCGAGGGGGACGGGAUGCGGGAGGGGGGAGGUGGAGGAGUGGGGGAGGGGAUGCGGGAGGGGGGAGGAGGGGGAGUGGGGGAGGGGAUGCGGGUGGAGAGGCGCAACACAGUUGAUCCCCAUGCGGAGCAGUUCUUGAAGAGCCUGAGUCAGUACAUCAGCAGAGGGCUCACAGGGGAGCUGGGGACGUAUGCGGGCGAGGGGGAGGGCGAGAAGGGAGAUGCAGAAGCCAACAUGUGGCAGAUGAUGAGCUCUGGCAGCAUGAGAUGGAGAGACUUCAUCCUGCGCAUGCCGUACGACGAUGUGAAGAAGUUCUACUCGGUCAGCGCCACCAAGAUCGGCAGCGGGCGGUACGGCGUCAUUCGGACUUGUCUCUCCCGCAAGACCCGUGUUGUGCUGGCCUGCAAGACGAUCCGGAAAGACCAGGUCAAGUGCAUGGAGGACGCAGAGGACGUGCGCACAGAGGUGAUCAUUCUGGGUAUGCUGCGCAACCACCCGGGCAUUAUCAGCCUGCAUGACGCGUUUGAGGAUGCAAAGUACGUACACCUCAUCAUGGAGAUGUGUCGGGGAGGGGAUUUAUUCGACCGGGUGAAGCUGCGCGGGCAAUUCAAGGAGACCGAUGCGGCCAUCGUAUGCCGAUCUUUGGUUGAAGCGCUGCUGCACUGCCACUCCAAUGGGGUAAUUCACCGCGAUGUGAAGCCCGAGAACGUGCUCAUGUGUGACAAGGACGUGGACACCAAGAUUAAGCUCAUUGACUUCGGCGUUGCUACGUUCUACAAGCGAGGCGUCCCCUGCACGGAACGAGCAGGGACAGUGGAGUACACAGCACCAGAGGUGCUGGAUAAGAGCUACGGGCCAGAGUGCGACAUCUGGAGUGCGGGAGUCGUCCUCUACAUCCUCCUCUGCGGCUUCCCGCCCUUCUGGGCGGCGACCAACGCUGAGCUGGAGCAGAGCGUGCGGGCGGCGGCGGUUGACUUUCGCCACCCGCGCUGGGCGGCGGUGUCGGACGGCGCCAAGGACCUCGUGAAGAGGAUGCUGACGAAGGACGUGAGGCGGAGGAUUUCUGCGCUUGAAAUAUUUGCACAUCCCUGGAUUAGAGCCGCUGAGAAGCAGCAGCGAUUAGACAGCAAGCCGCAAGCUCCGAACGGUGACCCACCGUCCUAA